UUUGAAAUUCUUUCUUUAGCAAGAUGCUGCCAACCACCUUGGUUAGUUCUCGGAGCCAGGGCAAUGGUGCGCUGAGCCCCAGGGAUGCUGCAAGGCACACGGCCGGAGCGAAACGCUACAAGUACCUGCGGAGGCUCUUCCACUUCCGACAGAUGGACUUUGAGUUUGCGCUUUGGCAGAUGCUUUAUUUGUUCACUUCACCACAGAGGGUUUACAGGAACUUUCACUACAGAAAACAGACAAAGGACCAAUGGGCGAGAGAUGAUCCUGCUUUCCUAGUACUGCUUAGUAUCUGGCUCUGCGUGUCUACUGUAGGAUUUGGAUUUGUGCUGGACAUGGGGUUUUUUGAAACAAUAAAGCUGCUACUUUGGGUUGUAUUCAUAGACUGCGUUGGCGUUGGCCUCCUGAUUGCAACUCUGAUGUGGUUCAUUUCUAAUAAGUAUUUGGUGAAGCAGCAGAACAGAGACUAUGAUGUGGAGUGGGGGUAUGCCUUUGAUGUGCAUCUGAAUGCUUUCUACCCACUUCUAGUAAUUUUGCAUUUUAUCCAGCUGUUCUUCAUCAACUAUGUCAUCAUAUCUGACUCUGUCAUUGGGUAUUUUGUUGGGAAUACAUUAUGGUUGAUUGCCAUCGGCUAUUAUAUCUAUGUGACAUUCCUAGGAUACAGUGCAUUGCCCUUUUUGAAGAACACAGCUAUUCUUUUGUAUCCCUUUGCACUUCUCAUCAUGCUCUAUUUGAUCUCACUAGCAUGUGGAUGGAACUUCACCAAGAUGCUUUGCUCCUUCUAUAAAUACAGAGUGAAAUAAACCCAGGACUUCAUGUAUCUAAUGUUUAUUUUCUUUUUACGUUAGCCGUUUUUGACAGUAAAAAAAAAUUUAGAACAUUUUGUAAAUGGUUGUAAAUUUCUCUUUAUUGUAGAUAAUUGUGUAAAAAAGUUUGAAGUGUCCUUUUUUAUUAAAAUAUUUACAACAGUAAACAUGUUAGCAAUUUUGUUCAAAUACUUUCUCAGUACAUUCCUAAAAACAAGUUACUUGUACAUCUCUGUAGCUUAAAUUUAACUGCAACAAGUCUAUGUAGCAUAACUCUUACUGCAGGUAUUUUGCACAUACUGGUAUAAGCUCUACAUUAUAAGGGGUUUAAGUGACACCAAAAAGCAGUUUUAUUGAAGAGCAGUAUUGGAAUACCUUGCCUUGGGACUGUGUGAAAGUAUAGAUCUUAAGAGUGUUGCGAUGGUAAAGCAACAACUGUCUCUAGAUAGAGAUCUGUCCUCUCCUUGCAUGAAAGAACUUGAGAACAGAUUUAUUUUAGUGACUACUUCAAAUAUACAUGGACAGCUCUGGCACACAGAAGAAACAGUGAUGAAAGGCACAAUUAACAUGACCCAUAUCAGGUUUCCAGAAAUAGCAGCAAGUUUUUAAACCCAAUCUCUAGCAGUCCAGUGGGUAUUAUUACAUCCACCAUUUUGAUUGGCAGGUCAAUGAACAUGGAAAAAAAGUACAAAUUAGUUUGGCUACAAGGGUGGGCUCGUGGCAAUGCCUGCAGCUGUAAAGUCCACAAGGCAGGAGUAUAAACUGACCAUCACAAACAAUACCUUAUGGAGAGUGAAGAUGACAGCUUUCCAACAUGGUGUUCACUAGGAUUCAGU